AACCUGAUACGCUGGAGAAGAACUACCCGCCUCGAAAAAUUCUUGCAAGCCGUUUGUCCUUCUUAUCGACCUAUCAACUCGCAUCGCUGCAUUACAAUUACCUUCGAUAUGGCUACUAAUAUUACAUGGCAUGAGGGCCUGACCCAUUCUGAGCGCUCGGCUUUGACAUCACAGACUGGUCUUACUCUCUGGCUGACUGGACUUUCGGCAUCGGGCAAGAGCACUAUCGCUACUGCUUUGGAGCAGCAUCUUUUGCAGAAAGGGAUCAACGCUUACAGACUGGAUGGAGACAACAUUCGUUUCGGAUUGAACAAAGAUCUCGGAUUCUCAGAGGCUGAUCGUAACGAGAACAUUCGCCGCAUUGCAGAGGUUGCAAAGCUAUUUGCUGAUUCUACGACUGUCGCCAUUACUUCGUUCAUCUCGCCCUACCGCGCCGACCGAGACUCUGCUCGUGCGCUCCACGCCUCGGCCAACAUCCCAUUCAUCGAGGUCUACGUUGAUGUUCCUGUUGAGGUCGCCGAGCAGCGGGACCCCAAGGGCCUAUACAAGAAGGCGCGCGCUGGAAUCAUUCCCGAGUUCACUGGUAUCUCAGCCCCGUACGAGGAGCCGCUGGCUGCGGAGAUCCACGUACGAUCUGACAAGUGCUCUGUUGAGGAGGCUGUCGUGCAGAUCGAGGAGUAUUUGCUUAGCAAGGGUCUGAUCAGCUUCAAAGCUUAGACAAUCAGAGUCGAUAUAGAGUAGAUAAUGAAGUAAUUGUGUCCAACAUAU